AUGUCAAAGUCAACAACCAUUUCCUUGCUUCUUGUGCUCGCCCUGUGUGAUGUAGAUUCCUUCACUGCAAGAGUUGCAAGGCGAGCAAUCAAGCCGUCGUCAUCCUUGCUGUCAUCUGGGAAGGGUUGGGAAGACGAAGCUGAUUCCAAUACCUGGUUGAGCCCCACUGAGGAAGUGGACGAUUGGGAGGCCCAAUUGCGCCAGCAACGAGAUGGCUGGUCCGCGCCACCGACAAGCCCAGAGGACAGCGCCAAUCGUAGUGAGACUGACGAAACUGAGAAAUUGCUCGAUGCCUUGACGUUCCAAGAGGCGACUGAAGUUUCCUUUAAUAUAAGAGAAGCAGAACGCGCAGAUAAAGUUCGUCAAAUGGAAGAGUGGGGGUUUGAACGCAGCACGAUUGCGUCCGCAUUGGAAGUUGCGGUAAAGGAGCAGGCCAAUGAUGAAAUGGAAAGUAUGCAAAGAUAUCUAGAAGAAUCCUACCUCGAUACGGACGAUGCCUUCACUGUAGAAAGCCACACAACGGUACCUCGUGAUCCUGACACAAACGAGUCAAUCCGUAGCCAAAUGGUUUUUGUGGACGAACAUGCUUGUAUUGGGUGCACAAACUGCGCUGCGGAAGCUCCGUCUACGUUUUUCAUGGAAGAAGAAAACGGAAGAGCUCGCGUCUUUGAACAGUGGGGCGACAGCGACGAUGCCAUUCAGAUCGCCAUCGAUACAUGUCCCGUGGACUGCAUACACUAUGUACCUUUCGAAGAGUUGAUGCGAUUGGAAGUCCAACGAAGAGAUCAGCAUAUCAAUGUUCUUGCUGGUCUCGUGAGUCGAGCGGAACGGGGUGCUGGUAGUGGCAUAUUUUCGUUGACACCACGAAGCUUCGGAUCCAAGGCUUUCACAGAUGCACCGCCAAUCGACCGCAACUAUUAUGAUCGUGACGAAGUUAGAGCGGAGCUGGAAGCAAAGGAGAAGAUUCGACGGUUUGCAGACCGAAGAAGAAGGCUGGAGGAGGAAAGAAGACGAGACAAUAAGAUUGUGGAUUUGUAA